GAAAUUCUGACGUUUUCUGCUGAACUGUUUAUUUUCAGUAGACAUGAACUGUCAUUGAUCAUUGAAAAAGGCGAAAUUCCAUAAUUUAAGAAUGAAGUAUCAAUUGAAAGCAGAUAAUUUGGAUUCUCUGUGAAGCCGUAUAUCUUUAUGCACAGAACGUUUUUUAUUGUUUCAACGAAUAGUUGCAGAAUUUACGACAAGAAUUUCAUAAUAUGAAUCUACAAUAACAAAUAGAGAUUCCCAUUUGAAAUUCUAAAAUUGACCACCGCUCCCCUACAGAGCUGAAGAAAGUGGAAAUGGAUUUAGCAUAAGUGGACUUCAUCCGAUCUCUCAUCCAUUGGAUACCUGAAAUGAAAAACUCAAUCAUGUGAGAAAAGGACACUUCCGCUUCCCAACUAAACUCUAAAACCCGAUCCACAAGACAACCUUCCCCUAAAAGUGUUUUCCCAACCAGCUUCCAAAAUAACUCCCAAAGUGCAUUCCCCAGAAUCUUCCGGUGACAGUGUGGGGGAAGAAAACCGGUACGACGAACCCCCGGACUCGAGGCCCUGGAGCUACGAAAUGAUCCCUAGUGAUGAGAGCUCAUUGGGAUUACAGACCUCCAGGCUGAGGGUGAACUUCCCCCCCGACACUAUUGACAGGGUCUCCAGUAGAGGACCUCUUCUGCCUAGGAGGAACCGGAGUAUGAGCGCCUGGAGUGACAUCAGUAGAUCUAGUUGGAGAUUGGAAGAGAGAGUGCGUGUGGAAUACUACGUGAACGAGAACACAUUCAAAGAACGACUUCAACUAUAUUUCAUCAAAAAUCAGAGAUCUAGUCUUAGGAUAAGAAUAGCCAAUUUAUUAUUCAAACUGCUGACCUGUAUUUUAUACAUGCUUCGGGUCGUGACUGAUCUAGAUCCUACAUAUGCAAAAUGUCAUGGAUGUAUUCCAGGUAACAAAUCUGAAUACAUCAUAUCUGCCAACCUAACAGAGGAGAAAUUCCAAGAAAACCCUAUCAUAAAUUGGGACGCCAUAAUUUGGGUUAAUCGUCCUUUCGAGCUCUGGGUUGUACAAGUUAUACUUGCAAUAAUUAGUCUGACAGAGGCUCUACUGCUAGCCUAUUUAGGUUAUAAGGGUAAUAUAUGGCAACAACUUUUGUCUUUUCACUUCAUCUUAGAGAUAGUCAAUACCAUUCCAUUCACGUUAACUAUUUUCUACCCGCCUUUAAGAAACCUUUUCAUACCUGUAUUUUUGAAUUGUUGGUUGGCAAAACAUGCCUUAGAGAAUAUGUUUAAUGAUUUACAUAGAGCUAUGCAAAAGUCACAGUCGGCCUUAUCCCAACAGUUGACGAUAUUAUCAGCAACGUUGGUUUGUCUUGUCUUCACUAGUGUAUGUGGUAUUCAGCAUUUUCAAAGAGCUGGACACCGACAUCUGAACCUCUUUCAAGCCACAUAUUAUGUUGUGGUGACUUUUUCCACUGUUGGAUACGGUGAUUUCGUUCCAGAUAUUUGGCCUUCGCAGCUCUAUAUGGUCAUAAUGAUCUGUGUUGCCCUUAUUGUUCUACCUACCCAGUUCGAACAACUCGCUUAUACGUGGAUGGAAAGGCAGAAGCUGGGUGGAUCCUAUUCAUCACAUCGAGCACAAUCUGAAAAACACGUAGUCGUGUGCAGCACAACACUACAUGCAGACACAAUCAUGGACUUUUUGAAUGAAUUCUACGCACACCCGCUCCUACAAGACUUCUAUGUGGUCCUUCUUUCACCAAUGGAGUUAGAUACAACAAUGAGAAUGAUUUUACAAGUACCUAUCUGGGCUCAAAGAGUUAUAUACAUUCAAGGUUCGUGCCUGAAGGACAGUGAUUUAGCUAGAGCUAGAAUGAAUGAGGCAGAGGCUUGUUUUGUCCUGGCUGCCAGAAAUUAUGCUGAUAAGACUGCUGCUGAUGAACACACUAUACUCAGAUCCUGGGCUGUGAAGGAUUUUGCACCAAGUGUAGCUCAAUAUGUACAAAUAUUCAGGCCUGAAAAUAAGUUGCACGUAAAAUUUGCUGAGUAUGUGGUUUGUGAGGACGAGUUCAAGUAUGCUCUUUUGGCAAACAACUGUACGUGUCCUGGUGCUUCAACGCUUGUAACCUUGUUGUUGCAUACGUCAAGAGGGCAGGAAGGUCAACAGUCUCAGGAAGAAUGGCAUCGCCUCUACGGUCGAUGCUCCGGCAACGAAAUUUAUCAUAUCGUCUUAGGCGACAGCCGUUUCUUCGGCGAAUACGAGGGAAAGAGCUUUACCUACGCAAGUUUUCAUUCUCAUCGGAAAUAUGGCGUUGCUCUAGUAGGAGUGCGACCUGCUGAACUGCCCGAAUUUUAUGAAGACACCAUCCUGCUCAAUCCCGGCCCUCGUCACAUAAUGAAGAAGAGCGACACCUGCUACUACAUGAGCAUCACGAAAGAGGAGAAUUCAUCUUUCACCGUUGCCAACCAACAAGCUAACAAUAACUACACAACCUCAACGGAAACGAAAACGGCGGAACCGGAAGAGAAGCGGACGGCUCCAAACGCAACAACGAAAGACGGUACCCGAUCACCUCAACUUAUUCUGCAAGUGCCCACGUGUGUCACUACAUUUCCAGACAAUACCGGACUCAGCGAUUCCAGACAGUGUCUGAAAGAAUCCUCACCGGGUUCAACAACUAUAGACAUAUCGAUAGCGGGCAAUCACCUGGACAUUCCUCGAACAGGGGAAAAUCCCAACCUGCUCAGUCCUGAAGUGAUCAAUCAACGAAGAAAUUCCAGGAGGCCGAGUAUACUUCCGGUGCCGGACAUGUUCACGAAUUCCACACUCAACAUAAGCCAGGACGCUGGGGACGAAGGAGACGAAAGCGACGACGAGCUUGACGAUGACGUCCCCUGGAGGUCGCCCAGUGAAAAAAUAGCGUCGAGUCUUAUAGACGUCUCCAGUGAUUCUGAAAAACCUGCAUGGCAUGACGAAUGUGUGCGGAUAGUCAAAGGCUUCCCUCCAGUAUCGCCAUAUAUUGGCGUGAGUCCGACUCUGUGCUACCUCCUGAAAGAGAAGAAGCCCCUGUGCUGUCUUCAGCUGGCGCAAGUUUGUGAACACUGCAGUUACAGGAACGCCAGGGACUAUCAGUGGCAGAACAAGACAAUCAUCCUCGCUGCAGAUUACGCCUCGAACGGAAUUUACAACUUUAUUAUACCGCUGAGGGCCCAUUUCCGGUCAAAGACGUCCCUGAACCCCAUCAUACUGCUGUUGGAGAGAAGACCGGACAUCGCGUUUUUGGACGCGAUUUCGUAUUUUCCAUUAGUUUAUUGGAUGAUGGGAUCGAUCGACUGCUUGGAUGAUCUUCUGCGAGCGGGCAUCAUUCUGGCGGAGAAUGUGGUCGUCGUGAACAAGGAGCUAUCGAACUCCGCCGAAGAGGACUCCCUAGCCGACUGUAACACCAUAGUGGCUGUUCAGACGAUGUUUAAGUUCUUCCCCAGCAUCAAGAGUAUCACGGAACUGUCGCAAUCUUCGAACAUGAGAUUUAUGCAGUUCAGGGCUCACGACAAAUACGCGCUUCAUCUGUCCAAAAUGGAAAAGUGUGAGAAAGAGAGAGGUUCCCACAUAUCUUAUAUGUUCAGACUUCCAUUUGCCGCUGGUAGCGUAUUUAGUGCAAGCAUGUUGGACACCCUUCUCUACCAAGCCUUCGUCAAAGAUUACGUCAUCACAUUCGUCAGGCUGUUACUUGGGAUAGAUCAGGCUCCAGGCUCAGGAUUCCUGACAUCGAUGAAAAUUACCAAAGACGACAUGUGGAUACGAACGUACGGCCGUCUUUACCAGAAGCUGUGUUCAACGACCUGUGAGAUACCGAUCGGAAUUUAUCGAACCCAAGACACAUCCCUGUCGGAAACCUCACAUGUGAGUAUGAGCAACCAAUCAUCGACAUGGUCCAGCUGUAUGCGCGUAGCUUCGAUUGAAGAAGACAUUGGAUCUGAUCGAGUGGGAGUAACCUAUCGACCAAAAGAUGGCAGUGAUUGUCUGAGGUGUACUGAUAAGGGAUCCUCAAUAUGCUCAGUAAAUAUGACCGACGAGGCCAAAGACAAUCAUGAACAACAGAUUGAGAGAGCAGAAAUAGCGAAUCUGGUGCGAUCCCGCAUGGAGAGCCUCAAUUUACCUGCUGUUGAUUAUACCGAUGUCAGCGAAAAGAGGAGUAGUCUAUCUUAUGUUAUCAUAAAUCCAAGCUGUGAUCUUAAACUCGAAGAAGGUGAUAUAAUAUACUUAGUUAGGCCAAGUCCAUUCUCUGCUCAAAAAACUUUCGAGAGGCACAACAGUAGAAGGAAAUCCAACAUUAGUUUUUGUUCACAAACACUACUUCAACAGCUCCAAUCCAAUUCACAACUAGGGAUGGCUAGUAGAAGAAGUUCAGGCUUAGGAUUAUCAGGCUACCAAUCUCCAAGACCUCCUCCUCUGGCAACUACUAAGUCCAACUCUUUAUCCUUACCAGAUAGCCCAACGGUAGCAGGAUAUCAAAGGGGACGAUCGAACUCGCUGAGAGUUAUAGAUGACAUAUUGAUGAGGCGAUCUAAUUCUCUCCGUCAGGGACUCAUGAAUGUUGGCAGAAGGAAAAGCAGCUUGGAGGACAUCGGGCUGUCUCAUUUUUCGACGAACUAUAGCAAUCCCAUUAAGAUUGCACUCAACGGAAGUAUAGGUUUGGAAGUCACACCUCCGGAAGAAAAUAGUCCGCCAGUAAUUUGCAGUAACACAGCGUUGAUAUCCAACCCUUCUCCGCAUCCUUCAGUCAUAUCAGGGAGCUCCAUGAACCUUGGCCAUACAGGCAUACCAACCUCGAGCUGUUCCCUUCCGCAGCAGCUCAACGUGGGCAUCAAUGUUCCCAAUUCGCCAUACAGCGAGGCAAUGCCUCCACAGGUCGCAUUGCCUACUUCUUCGCUUCCGGUAGUUCCGACGGAUCCUCAGCAUCUGCAGGGGACGAUCGUAUGAUAUAACCUCAUGUGGGGGAGGAGAUCUGGUAGUAUUAGAAACAAGUGGCUCUAGAUCUCCUCGCUUCCACAUUAGGCGCUCUGCUAGUUGGUAGCUCCUUAGCGCAGAGCUAGUUUCGCAAGGUUACUGAUAGUUCAUUUUUGAUUCAUAAGUGACGCCAAAACCUCAAUUUACUCAUUAUAUUUCUCAGAUUUCACGUAUUGAAGAACGACAACAAUCUUCAUCUGGAAAAUCGAACACUUUUGAAUUAAUCUAAAAUCUGUAGAGUACUAUACUGCGAUUAUAUUAAUGAAAAAGCAGGACUUUCAAUUAUCCUAGAAAUAAGAAAAAUAUAGAUAUUUCAGCGAACUAGGCUUUGUACACUUGACUACCUACUUCUCAGAAGACACUUUAAAAAUAUUCCAACGCAGUUCAACAUCUCAAAUUUGAUAUUUUCGUAUACGAACAAAAUGUUCGUUAAUACUGUUAAACCCUGCUCUAUUUAUUAAUUAGUGAAUUAAUCUUUUGAUAUGCCAUACAACAGCUCAUUCAAAUUUCAUUGGCAAUAGCCUCUUCCUUAUCAAUGUUGUAAUUUUCAUUAAGAGUAUUUCCUAUUCUUUCUGUUAAGUCACUGACCACUGUCCACAUAAUUUUAUAUUUCUGACAAAAAAAAGAUUUCUGCUAUCAAAAUUCAAUAUUUCUUCAUUGUUAUUAUGGAAUUAAUUAUCUCGAAUGCUCGUUGCUAAAAUUAUUUGUCAAAUUUGGAAGAAUUUUUUUCGUAAUUUUAUCGAAAUAAACGGACAUUCCUAUAUUACUUAAUCAAUUCAACAAACACUUCAACAUCUCAUUCGAAUAUAAUUUAUUAUCGAUAUUCACGUUGUGAUUUCAUAUUAUUUCAGCUGAAAUAUAAAUUACGUUAUAAAUUAUUGUUAUUUCAAAUUAUAUUUUUUCAGAAUUUAAUGACAUUCCAUUUGUAUUGCUGUUUCAAAAAUUAAGAGAACAAAGAGUUCAGACAAUUAUUUUUUCAUUCACUAUAAUCGAGUGGUAGGUACCUAUCCGCUCACACAGUAUUUCAGUGAGAGAGUCGAAGAGAUGCUCAAUGGCUCACUUGUUUAUGUUCAGCAAUUGUAAAAAACUGAUAGUAGUAGCUUGCCGCUAAAUAGAACUGGGAAAUAUAGGUAGUAGGUUAUCAUUUAUUGACUCAAUUUUUUCUUGUGAAAACGAUAUUCAAUGAAAUAAUAUUAGGAAGAUAGUGUUAAAUAGUAAUAUUACUUGUGCUGUGUUAUCGGUAACCUUGCUUCUAAUUUCAUUGAGAGGGAGAGGAUGAUUAACGUGAAUGAAAUUGAACGUGAAUUUAUGAGGAAGAACGAUAUUAUUAAAUCUACAGAGUAUCAUCUAUGUUGUUAUAUAUAGUAUACCUUAUCGAUAUAGAAUUCAUCUAAUACUAAUGUAUCAUAAAAACAUCGGACCUUCUCAUCUAUAAAUCUUCAUUCAUGCCAUUAAUCUUGUAUAUAAGAGUUUCGAACUAUUGAGCUGAAAGGCUAUGAUACCAAUGGUGCUAUUAUUUAUUCACGUCAAUCUUCAUCUCGAAAUGUUUGGCCUUAAAGACUUCACAACAACGUAGACUGAACUUUCAUGUUUUUUGUAUUCUGCCGAUCUAGCCAAAAACCCUUCAUUGUGAAACUGAAUUAUUUAUUCAACUGUUUCAAAUGUCAACACAAUUGAAUUUGAGAACGCGGCUGUUAUUCGGACCUCCUUCCAAAUUUAACUGAAAAUUAUUAUAAAUUUGCGGUGAAAACUUGCUUAAUUAGAUAAUACAAAUAAAUUGUGCAGAAACUGCAUUUUUAUUAUAAUUAGUGAAUAAAAGUAAUGAAUAUUCGUUGAAACUUUUAUGGAUUUCGAAAGUUAGCGACAAAAAUU